AUGGAGGGAGUUGUGCUGCUGCUCAACUGCUUCGUGAGCCCCUUCGGCAACCGCGUGCGCAUCGCGCUGAAGUUCAAGGGCGUGGCGUACGAGGAGAAGGCCGAGAACCUGGCGGCCAAGAGCCCGCUGCUGCUGUCCUCCAACCCCGUCCACGCCAAGGUCCCCGUCCUCAUCGUGGACGGCAAGCCCGUGUGCGAGUCCCUCGUCAUCCUCGAGUUCAUCGACGACGGCUUCUCCGCCGCCGGCGCGCCGCCGCUCCUCCCCGCUGACCCCUACGCACGCGCCCACGCCCGGUUCUGGGCCUCCUACGUCGACACCAAGCUGAAUGAGGCCGGGAUGCGCGUGUGGCGGUCGCCCAAGGGCGCGACGGCGGCGGUGGAGGCGGCGAGGAAGGACACGGUGGCGGCGCUGAAGACGCUGGAGGCAGAGCUGGGCGGGAAGCCCUACUUCGGCGGGGACGCGCUCGGCUACGUGGACGUCGCGCUGGUGCCCUUCGUGCCGUGGUUCCUGACCUACGAGCGGUUCGGCGGCUUCACCGUCGCCGCCGAGUGCCCCGCCCUGGCGGCGUGGGCGGACCGCUGCGUCCGGGAGAACACGUGCGUGGCCGAGUCGCUGCCGGAGGCCGAGCACGUGUUCCAGUUCGUGUGCGGCAUGAGGAAGGCGUUCGGCCUCGACUAG